AUGGAAAAAGAUUAUAAUUUAGUUUGUACUCCACAACAAUUAAACUCUAUAAAUAACUAUUCAAAAAUAAAUAGUUUGAUACAACUAUCCUAUGAAAAUAAUGAAAGGAAAAUAAAUAAAAAAGAAUCAUUUAAAAUAUUGGAUGUUGGAUGCUCUAUAGGUUUAAACUCUAUACACCAAGUAAACAGCAUUAUGGGCGAAUUGAAGAAACAUGAAGCUGACAAAAUAGUAGAGGUGUACCACUCUGACCUUCCCAUCAACAACUUUUCAUUACUAUUUAAAGAAAUUUAUUGCAACCCAAACUCAUAUACAAAAAACUUCAACAAUACAUACAGCUAUGCAAUAGGUAAACCAUAUGAACAGCAACUAAUGCCAAACAACUCCUGCGAUAUUAUAUUUUCAUAUAAUUGCUUUCAUUGGGCCGAUCCCAACAACCCGGUAUUUUCCCAAAUUAAUAAAGAUUUAAUUAUUGUUUCCAAGCCAACUAGCUGCCCACCAGGUUUCGAUGAAUACGGUACCACACUCUUAACCAAAACUUUUCAAACUAGAUACAAUGAAUUAAAAAUAGGUGGUGUUUUAUCAUGUAACUUCUCAACAUAUGAUCAUAACAACCCAGUAUCUGAAGGCAUCGAAAUGGUAUUUAAAAAAAUUAAAAAAAUAUAUAGAGAAAUGGCAGAUGAAAAGAUACUAUCGCACAAAGAAGUAGAUGCAAUGUUUGGUCAAAUCAUACUCUACAAAAAUGAACAAGUUGAUUUUGCAAUUAAACAUGCUGAAUCAAUUGGUUUAAAAUUAAUAAACAAAGAACAAGUUUUAAUUCAAUGGAGUAAAACCAAUAAAGAUCC